AUGGAUAUUGUGGAUCGGGACAUGGAGCGGGCUGAGGUCCAGGCCACGCGACAAUGGUCCCAUGAGAGUAAAGAGCGCCGGUCAUUGCGCAGCCAGAGAUCUCGGCAAUCUUCCAUAUCCAGCUCCUCAGGCUCCAGCACAUCAACCACUCCGGAUAUGGGCAGAAUAGCCACUGCUGGAGCCUCAAGCGUUCCUUCGGCCAGGGCAGUCAGAACAAGAACCCACCCCAUCGAAGACCUUAGAACGGAAACACAUCGGUUGCAACAGAUACAGACAGUGGGAGCAAGCGUAAAGUCAAAGGCUGACACCCGACCUUUGCCAGAAUUUGGCGGUGGAAAACCAUAUCCUCCCGAUCUGCCAGCGCAGGAAGAGUAUGUGGUGGAAUUCGAUGGUAAAGACGAUCCUCUCCAUCCCCAAAAUUGGCCGUUCCGAAGAAAGUUAUACAUGGGCGCUAUUUUAGCUUAUGUCUGCUUGUGCAGUACCUUUACUUCCUCUAUUUUCUCCGCGUCCACAUUCAGUGUGGCCGCGCAUUUCGGAGUCAGUGCCGAAGUAACCACCCUUAGCACAUCCCUUUACGUCCUGGGAUAUGCAUUUGGGCCGCUGAUAUGGGGUCCUUUCUCAGAAUUGCAAGGUCGAAAACUUCCCAUCAUGAUCGCAAUGUUUGGCUUUUCCGUCUUUUGUUUCGGUUGUGCGACAGCAAAGGAUCUGCAGACGGUUAUGAUUACCAGAUUCUUCACCGGGUUUUUCGGUUCAUGCCCGUUGGCCGUCGUCGCCGCCGUCUUCGCCGACAUGUUUGACAACACCCAAAGAGGCACGGCGAUUGUCAUCUUCUCCUCCAUGGUUUUCAUGGGGCCGAUGCUAGGACCAUUCAUUGGAGGGUUUAUUAACAAAUCCGACCUCGGAUGGCGGUGGAAUCUUUAUAUUCCGGGCAUAAUGGGCUCGGUGGCCUUGAUCCUGGUCUCGUUAUUCAUCCACGAAUCUUACGCUCCCGUCGUCCUGGUGGGUAAAGCCGCCGAACUGCGCCGCCGAACUAAGAAUUGGGGCAUCCAUGCAAAGCAAGAGGAAGUUGAGGUGGACUUCAAUGAACUCAUCACUAAGAAUUUUUCUCGUCCGAUCCGACUGCUAAUCUCAGAGCCUAUCAUUCUUGCCAUCACCUGCUACAUGUCGUUUAUAUAUGGCCUCCUGUACUGUUUCCUGACAGCAUACCCGCUGGUCUUCCAAGGAGUCCACCACAUCACACCCGGGGUAGCGGGCUUGCCCUUUUUCGGUAUGGUCUGUGGAAUCUUCAUAGUGGCAGGUUUCAUCAUAUGGGAUUCCAAGGCCUACAACAAGAAGCUGGCGGCAAAUGGCGGAAUUCCAGUCCCGGAGUGGCGUCUCCCGCCCGUCAUGAUCGGAGGAGUGUUGUUUUCCGCCGGUCUCUUCUGGUUUGGCUGGACGGGCUUCAAGGCAUCGAUCCACUGGAUCGUCCCGACCUUAUCUGGUCUCUUCACCGGGUUUGGCCUGUUGGCCAUUUUCAUCUGUUGUUUCAACUAUAUCAUCGACUCGUAUCUCAUGUUCGCUGCUUCUGCCAUUGCGGCGAACACCUUCCUGCGGUCGUGUCUCGCGGCGGGCUUCCCUCUUUUCUCGCGCCAGAUGUUUGAUAACCUGGGUAUUGAGUGGGCCGGCACGCUUCUGGGCUGUAUUGCUGCCCUCUGCGUCCCGAUUCCCGUGUGCUUCUACUUCUUUGGCAAGAAGCUCCGUCAAAAGUCGAAAUUUGCUCCUACCAUGGCAAUUCGAAAACCGGUGGACGAGGAGAACAGUAGUGAUGACGAGGAACAAGAAGCCAACAUGGCCGCGUUGCAUGCUACUCGCAGCCGCGCACACCAUGAUUUGGAGUUGCGGUCGAGAAGGACGCGAACGAACGGCAGUUCGGUGACCCCAACCACCAAUGCCGGGCAUGAUCCAGAGAAGAGUGCAUAG